CAGCUACAGUGUGGUUAGCGAAACAUCUGGAAUCAGUCGCAAUUCAACCGCAUUUAUCGGCUGUGAUAAAGGAGUGUGCUGCAGUUGUUUUAGUCCACCAGAUAGCACAGACGAUCUUUGUGGCACCGAUUGUAAGGCAAAACCUGGCGCAAAUGUGCUUAACUACGCCAUGGCCAAACUUACUCAACAAGUCAAUGCUGCCGUCGCUAAACUUACAUCACGUUUGGAUAAGUUGAAUCGGACAGUGGGAAUAAAAGCGAGUUGCGCCAAUUUCUAUAAAACCGGAGCAAGAAAAGAUGGUGUUUACACAAUAGAUCCUGAUGGUCUGGGAUCGUUUCAAGUCAGAUGUGAUAUGAGCACAGACAGGGGGGGCUGGACCAUGUUUCAAAGAAGACAAGAUGGAAGUCAAGAUUUCUACCUGGGAUGGUCAAACUAUAAAGCAGGCUUUGGUGAUCUUAACGGCGACUUCUGGCUGGGUCUUGAUAAAAUACAUCGUUUGUCCAAAUCUGGUCAAAAUGUUCUAAGAGUUGAUUUGAUGGAUUUCAAUGGCGCUGAACGUCACGCUAAAUAUGGAACGUUUAGUGUUGCUGAUGAAUCAGACAAAUACAGAUUGAAUAUCGGCAGUUAUUCAGUAUGCUGAAUAUGUUUCGUUUCAAACUGCUGGUAAUUAAUGUCCUGAUCACGUGGAACUCAUUUGUCUCUCCUGAAAUUAAGAGUGUGGACAUUCAAACAGGUUAUGAUCCUGGCUCGUGUAGCAAGAAGGAACGUGGUUUGUUAAAAUUGAUCAAGGAUCGUUCAAACAAUGAUAAACUGUUAAUUUGCGCUGAACAAAAUGGAGUUUAUGCCUGGAAAACUACGGACGGUUCCAGUCCGUCUGGCGAAUAUUUCAACCCCGGCUACGACUGCACGGAUAUUCUGAAUAAGAAUUUUGAGUCUCGAGAUGGAUUUUAUUGGAUAAAUUUGAAUCGAGGUGCUCCCAAGAGGGUCUAUUGUGACAUGACAACAGAUGGAGGAGGAUUUGCGCUGAUUGGUAAACUCAACAAUUCUGUAACAUGGAAAGUUCCAUCCAAAAACACAACAGUUGAUCCAUUUGGUGAAUCUCAGUGGUCCAGUGAUCUCGGUGACGCUCCAGUUCUUGAUUUCAGAAUACAAAUAUCCACAAGGGAAAACUUGGCUAAGACAAAUGCUCACUGGUCGUACAGACUGCGAAAUAUUCGUCCUCUCAAAAACAUCAUGAUUGCUAAUCAAGGGGGUUGUGGAGCAACAUCACCAGGCAUUGGUGACAUCGCUUAUGUCAAAGAUCUUCAGACUGAGAAAAUUGUCGCGACAAAAUUUCGCUGCUCACAAUUUGGAACAUUUCGCCAUUUUUUUCUAAAAUCUGGAUGGGCAAUGAUGAACGAAUGCUUCGAAAAACAAUGUCCCCAAGGUUUUGCUUUCCACCGCGUAUAUCCUAUUCAAACUGACUCGUCAGGAUCUUUCAGCUACAGUGUGGUGAGCGAAACAUCUGGAAUCAGUCACAAUUCAUCUGCAUUUAUCGGCUGUGAUAAAGGAGUGUGCUGCAGUUGUUUUAGUCCACCAGAUAGCACAGAAGAUCUCUGUGGCACAGAUUGUAAGGCAAAACCUGGCGCAACUUUGAUAAAGAAUGUUUAUUCAUGGUUCUGGGUGAGGACAUCUUCUCCAAAGAAAGUUUGGAACAAAUGCAUGGAUUAUAAAGUUUCUGAAACUAACGGAGACGAGGUCUGGUACAAGUUGGUUGGUCAAAAUGUUGUCCCUAAGAGAGGUCGUUGUUCCAGAAACGAUCCGCUUUUAAAUGGCGGAAUUAUAGUUGUUCCUGAUAAUGGAAGUGUUAGUAAAAUUCCAGCCGUCUCAGGAAUAUUAAAAUUUCGAAAGGACAAUCAAAAACUUUAUGUAAGAUCAAAUGAAAGAUGGAAUGUGAUUGCGGAAGGGAAAAAGCUUAACUCCGCCAUUGCCAAACUUACUCAACAAGUCAAUGCUGCCGUCGCUAAACUUACAUCACGUUUGGAUAAGUUGAAUCGGAUAAUGGGAAUAAAAGCGAGUUGCGCCAAUUUCUAUCAAACCGGAAGAAGAAUGGACGGAGUCUACAUAAUAGAUCCUGAUGGCCAGGGACCGUUUCAAGUCAGAUGUGAUAUGAACACAGACGGGGGUGGCUGGACCGUGUUUCAAAGAAGACAAGAUGGAAGUCAAGAUUUCUACCUUGGAUGGUCAGACUAUAAAGCAGGCUUUGGUGAUCUUAACGGCGAGUUCUGGUUGGGCCUUGAUAAAAUACAUCGUUUGUCCAAAUCUGGUCAAAAUGUUCUAAGAGUUGAUUUGAUGGAUUUCAAUGGCGCGGAAGGUUACGCUAAAUAUGGAACGUUUAGUGUGGCUGAUGAAUCAGACAAAUACAGAUUGAAUAUCGGCAAUUUUUCAGGUGACGCAGGUGAUUCUCUUGGUUAUCACAAUCAAAUGCAGUUCACUACCAAAGAUAGUGACAAUGAUGCUUGGAGUAGUAAUUGCGCUACGAGAUGGAAAGGAGGUUGGUGGUUCAACAACUGUCACUAUUCCAACCUCAACGGCCUGUACCUGGGCGAAGGUCGGUUUAGUCCCACUGGAAUAAACUGGUACGAUUGGAAAAGAUGGCAUUCAUUAAAAAAGGCAGAGAUGAAAAUUCGUCCAAGUCAGUUUUAAGAUAAAACUCUUUAAUCGCCAAGAACGUGAGUUUGAGGAUGUUUUUUGAAUCCCAAGUUUCAAGUUGGUUAUUAUGUGAUUUAAUUCCGAAUUAAUUAAUGUCGCAGUAUUUUAAAUGAUUAUUUAAUUAAUAUUAAAGGCGGGUUAGGCCUGUUUUCCACCUCAACCGUAUCGUAGUGAAACGUAGCGUAUCUCAUUAAUCAUUGACAUUGCUUAAGUCAUUACGUUACGCUACGAUACGGUUGAAGUGGAAAACAGGCUUUGCAGUCGCUCAAACAGUUGCUCAUGAAAAUGAGUAGUCUACUUGUUUCAAAAUUGCUCAAAUUUCUCAUUUUUUGUAAUAAACUCUCUCUCAUAUUCAUUUAAAAGUUCAGCGAACUAAAAGCGUGUCAAAUAUUCUGAAAGUUUUUGAUAUUUUAGGAAAUAUAUACG